UGGAGACAGUAGCAUUAGCAGCAACACCAAUUGCAAAAAAAAAUUGUGAUUAUCAUAAUAAUAAUAAUAAAAAAAACUCCAUACCUGUGUCACUGUGAGUCCGAGUCCAAGUGCAGCUGCAUGAGCAUUGUUUUUGACUCAUCGUGACUCGUGCCCAUCCAUCACUUAACACAUGCCUUCUCUUUAAAUGCACCUCUGAAACCAUUUCUUUUAAAAUAAUUUUGAGUUUGGAUGUAUUUCAUUUCAUUUCAGAUUAUGUUUGCAGUUUUGAACAAGUUUUUGCUCAUUUAAUCUGUACAAGGUACCUGUAACUAGUUUCGGUUGUGCGGGUAAGUUCACAUUUUGCAAAAGGAUUCCACCUCUCUGUGUUUAAAUAUGAGCAACCUUAAGCUAGGGGUUGACGUCGUUAGUGCUCACAAUCUUCUGCCGAAAGAUGGGCAAGGUUCAUCCAGUGCCUUUGUGGAGCUCUACUUUGAUGGCCAGAGGUUUCGUAGCACCAUUAAAGAAAAAGACCUUAGUCCAGUUUGGAAUGAGAGUUUUUACUUCAACAUUUCUGACCCUUCGAACCUCCACUACCUUACCCUUGAUGUAUAUGUCUACAAUAAUGUUAGAGCUACAAGCUCCAGAACCUUCCUUGGAAAGGUGUCACUCACUGGGAAUUCAUUUGUUCCCCAUUCUGAUGCUGUUGUCUUGCAUUACCCCUUGGAAAAGCGUGGUAUUUUCUCACGCGUAAGAGGAGAGCUUGGCUUGAAAGUAUACAUCACCGAUGACCCUUCCAUAAAGUCUUCUACCGCACUUCCUGCAGUUGAAUCCUUGUCAGCAAAGGAUGGUUUGAACCAUGGAAUUCAGGAUAGGGCUCAGAGACACACCUUUCAUCACCUCCCUAACCCGAAUCACCAGCAACAUCAACAUCAACAUCAGCAGCAUCAGCAUCAGCAUCAACAUCAACCUCAUUCUUCAUCUCCAGAAGUCGCCCAUCAUGUACCAAAGUAUGUGGCUGAUGAGAUGAAAGCUCAAGGACCACCUCCACAGCUGGUUCGCAUGUACUCUGCUGCAUCAUCACAGCCUGCUGACUAUGCACUUAAAGAGACAAGUCCUCUUCUUGGUGGAGGAAGAGUUGUUGGUGGCCGUGUUAUCCAUGGAGAUAAAACUGCAAGUACUUAUGAUCUUGUUGAACGGAUGUUUUUCCUAUAUGUAAGAGUAGUUAAGGCUCGUGACCUUCCUGCUAUGGAUCUUACAGGAAGUAUUGAUCCAUUUGUUGAGGUGAAAAUAGGAAACUACAAAGGAAUUACAAAGCACUUUGAGAAAAAGCAAAAUCCUGAGUGGAACCAAGUGUUUGCCUUUUCGAGGGAAAGAAUGCAAGCUUCUGUGUUGGAAGUCGUGAUUAAGGAUAAGGAUCUCGUCAAAGAUGACUUUGUAGGCAUUGUAAGGUUUGACAUCAAUGAGAUUCCUUUACGAGUCCCACCUGAUAGUCCUUUGGCUCCUGAAUGGUACAGGCUUGAGGAUAAGAAGACAGACAAGAUUAAGGGUGAGCUGAUGCUUGCUGUCUGGAUUGGCACUCAAGCAGAUGAGGCAUUUUCUGAUGCAUGGCAUUCUGAUGCAGCUAUGCCAGUGGAUAGUACGCCGGCUGCCUGUACAAUGAUACGCUCAAAGGUCUAUCACGCACCACGACUGUGGUAUGUGCGUGUUAAUGUUGUUGAGGCACAAGAUUUGAUCCCGACAGAGAAGAACCGUUUCCCAGAUGUCUAUGUUAAGGUGCAGAUUGGAAAUCAGGUCUUGAAGACCAAAACUUGUCAGGCUCGAACUUUCAGUGCAUUCUGGAAUGAGGAUCUUUUAUUUGUAGCAGCUGAAACAUUUGAAGACCAUCUGAUCCUUUCAGUUGAGGAUCGUGUAGCUCCUGGGAAAGAUGAGAUAAUCGGAAGGGUCAUUAUUCCAUUGAGCUCAGUAGAGAAGCGCGCUGAUGACCGGAUAAUUCAUUCCCGUUGGUUUAACCUUGAAAAGCCCGUUGCUGUCGAUGUAGAUCAGCUGAAGAAAGACAAAUUCUCAAGUCGUAUCCAUCUUCGAGUCUGCCUAGAUGGAGGGUACCACGUUCUUGACGAAUCAACUCACUACAGCAGUGAUCUUCGUCCCACAGCAAAACAGCUCUGGAGGCCACCAAUUGGGAUAUUGGAACUUGGAAUCUUAAAUGCCGUGGGAUUACACCCCAUGAAAACACGAGAUGGGAGGGGUACAUCAGAUACAUACUGUGUGGCGAAAUAUGGGCACAAAUGGAUCCGAACACGCACCUUAAUUGACAACCUGCACCCCAAAUACAAUGAGCAGUAUACUUGGGAGGUUUUUGAUCCAGCUACAGUUUUGACUGUUGGUGUAUUUGACAACAACCAGCUUGGGGAAAAAGGUUCAAAUGGUAAAGACCAGAAGAUUGGCAAGGUUCGGAUUCGUAUCUCUACUCUUGAAACUGGCCGGGUUUAUACACACUCUUAUCCCUUACUGGUACUUCAUCCUACUGGAGUAAAAAAGAUGGGUGAAUUGCACAUGGCUAUAAGAUUUACAUGCACAUCUUUUGUCAACAUGCUUUAUCAAUAUUCAAAACCUCUACUUCCUAAAAUGCACUAUGUAAGGCCCUUCACGGUGAUGCAGCUAGACAUGCUUCGUCACCAAUCUGUCAACAUAGUGGCAUUAAGAUUAGGUCGGGCAGAACCUCCUUUGCGAAAGGAGGUGGUAGAGUACAUGUCAGACGUGGACUCGCACCUUUGGAGCUUGCGCCGAAGCAAGGCAAAUUUCUUCAGGUUAAUGACAGUUUUCUCAGGAUUGUUUGCUGCUGGAAAAUGGUUUGGAGAUAUUUGUAUGUGGAGGAAUCCGAUCACAACAGUGCUGGUGCAUGUUCUCUAUCUUAUGCUUGUUUGCUUCCCGGAACUCAUUCUGCCCACAGUUUUCUUGUACAUGUUUCUAAUUGGCGUAUGGAAUUAUCGGUACCGUCCGAGGUACCCUCCGCACAUGAACACAAAGAUCUCACAAGCUGAGACUGUGCAUCCUGACGAGCUUGAUGAGGAAUUUGACACGUUCCCAACAAGUAGGAGCCCGGAACUAGUUCGAAUGAGGUAUGACCGGCUACGAAGUGUGGCUGGCAGGAUCCAGACCGUCGUUGGAGAUAUUGCAACACAAGGGGAGCGGUUUCAGUCCCUGAUAAGCUGGCGAGACCCGCGUGCUACUGCCAUAUUCAUUUUGUUUUGCCUUAUUGCUGCACUGGUUUUGUUUGUCACACCAUUUCAGGUCAUAGGAGCUUUGGCAGGCUUCUUUGCUAUGAGGCAUCCGAGAUUUCGCUACAGGACACCGUCUGCGCCCAUCAACUUCUUCCGACGGCUGCCUUCUAGGACCGACAGUAUGCUGUAAAUGAAAAAUUGGGGUUUUCAGGCUGGUUUAUUAAAAUUUUGUAAGUGCUUCACUUGUAUUUUCA